AGUCCUUUCUCUGGCUUGGACAGUGAGCCAAGCAUCGAGAGAGGAGGACCCCCCGACCGGGUGCGAGGAAGAUCUGGCUUUGGAGUCAAUGUGGUGACCAUCGGCCACACUGUUUCCUCCUGGUUUGGACAGCUGUUUGGAACCUGGACUCUGAAGCACUCUCCCGGGCACUUAGUACAGUGCUGUGUACACAGGCGGCCACUUCCUCUGGCCUUCCCACCGCCUGGACGUGAGACUGCUGUGACCAGACAGAACUGAGCCCACCCAACCCUCUGUCAGACUCCAGAGCUCAAGAGGUGCAGCAUGGCCCGCGGCUGCCUGCGCUGCAUCAAAUACCUCAUGUUCCUCUUCAACCUCCUCUUCUGGCUGGGCGGCUGCGGCAUCUUGGGCGUGGGCAUCUGGCUGGCGGUCACCCAGGGCAACUUCGCCACCCUGUCGUCGUCCUUCCCGUCGCUGUCGGCCGCCAACCUGCUGAUCGCCACCGGCGCCUUCGUCAUGGUCAUCGGUUUCAUCGGCUGCCUCGGCGCCGUCAAGGAGAACAAGUGUCUGCUCCUCAGCUUUUUCAUCAUGUUGCUACUCGUCUUACUGCUGGAGCUCACAGUGGUCAUCCUCUUCUUCGCCUACACGGACAAGAUCGACAAAUACGCUCAGCAGGACCUGCGGGAUGGCCUGCGCCUCUACGGGACCGAGGGAAACAUUGGACUCACCAAUGCCUGGAGCAUCAUCCAGACUGACUUCCGGUGCUGCGGCGUGUCCAACUACACGGACUGGUUCGCCGUGUACAACAGCACGCGUGUGCCCGACUCCUGCUGCCUGGAAUUCAGCGACAGCUGCGGGCUCCAUUCGCCGGGAACCUGGUGGAAAGCGCCCUGCUACGAGACGGUGAAAACGUGGCUGCAGGAAAACCUCCUGGCCGUCGGGGUCUUCGGCCUGUGCACCGCCCUUGUGCAGAUCCUGGGGCUGACCUUCGCCAUGACGAUGUACUGUCAGGUAAUCAAAGCGGACACGUACUGUGCGUAGCCGGACCCCCGGAGGACCGAGCCGCCCCCCGUGUAAGAUAGACUGUGCCGCGCCCCAUCCCCCACCAGAUCCCCCCUGCCCCCCACUCCUCCCCGUGAAGACCCCCACCUUGUUGUGGGGGAGACAGUGGGGAAGGAGGGGGGCACCCCAGGACUGACUCCGGCCUCAGAGGGACGCCUGCAGGAUGGGGCCACCGGGACUCCAUACUGCCUGAGGAAGCGCGGAUGCUGCCUUCUCCCCUCUCCCCAACCCGGGGGUCGCAGCUGAGACCCCGACGGACCUCCUCCUCCCACCUUGGAGGCCCAUCCUGGCGCUCCCUGCCCCCUCGGGUAGCCAGCGUGGGUCCCACGGGUUUUCCGUUGUUACCCCGGGCCGCUCCGGGACCGACUGAGGAGGGGGUCUCUCCGGGCUCUAUUGGGGUCCGCUCGCCCCGGCCCCAUCGCCCCGUGCAUCUGGAGCGAAUGGGGGUCCCCCGUCCGUCCCCCGGCUUCUCUCUGCAGCGGGAGAGGAGGCCGGGUGGCCCGGCUCCGUCCGUCCAUCCUUCCCGGAGGCCACACGAGCCCCCACGAGAACCCAUGUUGGGGGUGUGUAUCUGUGCGCGCGUAGGAGCGUGUGUGGGUGUGUGCGUGAGCAUGUGCUCGUGUGAGUGGAGGUGGGCACGUGUGCCCAGGCGUGUGGCUGUGGGUGGGUGUGCCCGUGUCCGUGUGGUCGUUCUUGCCCGAAUCCCUCCCCGUCCCCCAGGUAGCCACUCGGAGGCCGCCAGGAGUCGGGCCUACGGCUUCCCCGCCCGAGGAGGGUCCCUCAGAGCGCCAAACCCAGAAGGAAGCAGGAAGCCCCAAGCCCCGUGACACCCCCCCAACCCCUCGCCGGGACCCUCCCCGGCGUGGAAACCGAGCGGGCUGGUGCCUGGCACCGGCACCUUCCUUCUUACACCAGCCUUGCAGAUAACUCAGAGCUUACCAGCCCUCUGGGCCUCGCCAGCCCCGACCGUUCAGUCACCGUAACAUCCUCCCGUCUCGGGCGGGAGAAAGGGCCACGCCUGCUGUGGGCCGGGCCUUGAGGGGGGUCCCCGCUGUACCCCCACCCCCAGGAUCUCUCCUCUCUCUGCUCCAGAGGAAGGGUCUGCAGGCUGAAGCUGAGCUCCUCUCGUCCGAGUGCUCGUGGAGAGCCUGGGAGAGACAGCAAGAGGGAGAAAGUCAAAAGGGUGGCUGGGACUGGGGUGCCCCCUUCAUGAGCUCCCGGGCCCCCCGAAACGAGCCCUCCGCCCUGCCAGCCUGGGGUCCCCGAGAUCAUGCAUUUGAUUGCAUUUUGGCCCGCUUUCUGGCGUAAUUUUGGCAGCCCGUAGCACGGGGAAUCAAAUCUAGCAAUAAGGGGGCUACGAGAGGAAGGAGAAGGGGGAACGGGCCGGGGAGGGGAAGGAAGAAAAGAGGGAGAAAGCAGCUGAGGCUACAACUUACUUUGAUUGCACUUUAAGAAGUGCUGCAUGCGGUAGUGGCUCAGUGAAUGACGGUAACCCCUUCUGCCCCGCACCCCCAAUUUGACCCUUCCCCUGCUUUUACCCGGCGGGGAGAAUUCUGUGGCUGAGGCAAUUAUGCGAGGAAACCUGGUCCUUAUUAAGCUCGGACCAGGUGCCGAGCCCUGGGCUAAACGCUGGGGCACAGACACAGAGAAUCAGAUAGCGGAUACACGCAGUCCCUGUCCAACGGGGGGGAUCACGGUCUAAUCAAUCA